UUUCUGAAACUGAGAGUAACUGCUCCGCGAUUCUCAUUGUUGAAAUUUAGGUUGCGAAAAAUCCCGUCGAAAAUGGAAUACUCCGGCGCCGGCGUUGACGACGGCUUAGAUGGAUCCUACAAGCCACUCCCACCAAUUUACUUCACUUUCAUGAUCAUUUGGGUUGUGUCCGCCGUUUCUUGGACCUUCAACACUUUCAGAAACCGCCAUUUUCAGCCGAAUAAUUUGCAAUGGAUGCUUGCCUCUGUUCCCUGGAUUAAGACUUUGCAACUUUCUUUAUCUUUCCUCUUCUGGUAUUCAUGCUUUUAUUCAAACGUAUGCUCUUUAUGGAUGUCUUUUGGAGUCUAUAUAAUGGGAGUGCUAUUUCAAACGUUGGCAUUUGUAUCAUUCUUUCUCAUAUCUCAUGGAUAUUGCAUCACCUGCCAUCGCCUGUCGCUGUCCGAGCGAAGAACCAUGGCUUCUCUGGGGUGUGUCUUCUACUUGACUCUUGUUGGCUACAGAGCAUCUAUUCCUUACUUCUCUGUGCUCUUGCUGCUUAACUAUCUCAUUCUAUUCUAUGUGAUAUUCAACCAUGUAUACCAGAAUUUAAUGGUUUUGCGGGAUCAGUUGAGCUUCAUAGAAGACGAGGAUGUCCACGCGAUGCAUGAUGCAGUUUACACAAAGUAUAUCAUGUUCAAGAAAUUUCAAGGUGCAAUGCAUGUUGUGGCUGUGUCGGAACUUGCAAUUUUCAUUAGUAUAGAUAAUUCGUUUGAGAGUUAUUGGAUACGGUUGUUGGUUCGAGAGUGGGCACAGUUCUUCAUCUUCAUGUACAUUGGAUGGAUUUUCAGGUCUCAAGAAUUGGCACCUGGUUUCUCAGUUAUGCCUGCUUUGAGGUCUGAUGGGGAGAGAGUACCUCCUAUAUACAGCAUUGAAAUGGAUGCCCAGACUUUCAAAGAAUUCAGAAGUCGUGAAUGGCACAUUGGGGUGCCAACUUUGCCCCAGAAGGGAGGCUUAAAGGAUUCAAUCCUAGUAGUGAUUCAGCAGCCACGUGCAUGCACUCUGCCGGCCAAGUCUUAACACAGAGGUCAGCCCUGAUCCUGUGGCUACUGUCCAGAUGUGGAUCUUGGUUAUGUGCUGACAUGAGCUCCUGGAAUUUGUUCGGUUGGAGUAAGCUGGAUUACGUUUCUCUAGCAGCAGCAUGCAGAAAUUUUGCUUUCACCAUUUUUGAAUCAUGAUUUACUUUUAUUCAGAGGACGAAAACAUCCUAAGCUCGUUUAUGUAAAUGGAUAAUGAAUUAAUCGAAAUUGUACAUUCUUCAUUUUGGGCACUGGUUCCCCUGCUGCUCAGGUUUUAGACUUCAGGUUUUUGUUCCUUUUUACCCUCCUUUUGUUUCCUUGCCUUACCACUGAAGUCGGCUUUGGGGCUGUGAGAAAAGAGCCUGAAAUGUUUGAAAGCAAGACAAUGGUUCA